UUGAUUCAGGUGCACAAAAUACAACUUGCCCUCAUAUUAAAGAUGCAAUUAGUUUAGAAAAUAUAGAAGGCCCAAUAGAAAAGCUUAGCUCCAACUUACAAUGUGAAACAUGUUCUGGUGGUAAUACUAAGGAAACAGACAAUCUCUCAAUGAAAACAUCAAAUUCAUCUGGUAGCGAACACACGUUAGUUGAUGAUUCGUCACCAAAUACCGAACCAGAUCCAGUAUCUGCUCGAAGUCUUUUUUUAUGUCUUAGCUGUGGUCAACUGAACUGUGGUCGUGAAGAUUCCAAACACGCGCUCGCUCACUACGAUGAAAGUAAAGAACAUUGUAUUUCGAUUAAUAUUAAAACUUUUGAUGUUUGGUGUUAUGCAUGUGAUAAUGAACCAUCAAAUCUGACAGAAGAUCAAUCUCAAAUUAUUGAUAAAGUACAAUCGUUAAUUCGUGAAGCUUCAGAAUCAAAAGAUAUUGAAAUUGAAGCACCAGGAUUACAAAAUCUUGGUAACACUUGCUUCUUUAAUUCUUUAAUGCAGGUUGUCGCAGCAACAUCAGUCCUUCAUGAUAUUCUUGACCCAUCAAAUCCUUAUUAUAAUCCUCCACUAGUAUCAUAUAAAAAAUGCCCUGCUGCUACAAGUGAGGAUGUUGGUCCGUUAACAGAUAAUUUCAAAUCAUUUCUAGAUAUGAUGUGGAAACAACAUGAUGGAACUGUAAAUCCAAAAAAUUUGUUCCAAGAAAUUUCAAGAAAAUGGCAGCAAUUUAGAGGAUGGAGACAACAAGACAGCCAAGAAGUAAUGCGAUAUUUAUUUGAUGGCAUAAAAAGUGAAGAAUUCGAGUUAAUAAAAAAAUUAUCAGCUCAUAAAAAAGAUGAUAUAGUAAUGGAGGAUGGAGAGGAUAAAUCAUCAGUUCAAAAAUACGAAUCUUUUAUUGAUGCAUGUUUCGGUGGAAAAUUAGUUAGUGUUAUCGUUUGCGAUACUUGUGAUAACAAAUAUACGAAUGAGAGUACCACUUAUUAUAGCACAUAUGACAGUAGAUAUGGCUCGCGAGAUGAUAAUUCAUCGCCACAUAGUAGUGGUGGUGACGCUGAUAUUGGCGAUGGUGAUGCAAUAGUAGAGUCAGAUGAUAAUGACGGACAACAAAAAAAAAUUGAUAACGAGACAAAACCUUCAGCCAAAUCAAUAAAGCAAAAUGAUAUAUCGUUGAUUGAUUGUCUUAAUAGUUUUAUGAGAGUAGAAACUUUAGAAGAAAAAUCAAGAUCAAAAUCACCGCCAAAACGAGAAAAGUUUAAAUUGCAAAAAGCCUAUAAACGGUAUUUAUUCGCUUCAUUACCACCAGUGUUAGUAUUUCAUCUGAAAAGAUUUCAACAAGUUGGUAGUAGAUGGUCGAUGCACAUGAAAAAAAUAGAUGAUUUUGUUUCGUUUGAAGAGGAAAUAGAUGUUGGCGAGUUUGUCGUACCACCAGAAAUCGAGGAAGACGAAGAGGAAGAAUCAGAUGGUACGGAUGCUGAUGAUGAUAGUAAUAAUAAUUAUAAAAGAUAUAAGGCAGACGAAAUUUCGAAUGAUGAUCAGGUGGAGGAUGAUGAUGCAAAAGAUCUUAAAAAACAACAGCAACAAAAUAAAUUAAUAGAGCAGCCAUCACAAUCUACCAAAUAUAGAUUGUAUGGAGUUGUUGUGCAUUUAGGAAGUUUAUUUAAUGGACAUUAUAUAGCAUUUGUGCUAUCUAGGAAUAUUGUUGGCGAGGGAGAGCAAACUGGCUUACCGAAUCUAUCGUACGACGAUCGGCGUACAGUUAAUGAGAUACAUAAACAAGCAGUUAAAACUGGCGAUGGACACCGACAAUGGAUUUAUUGUAGUGAUAGUUCAGUGAGAAGUGCUACAGUUGAUGAAGCGCUUUCAAGUGGACCAAGAAAUACAAGACAAUUAUCGGAAGAAAUACCUAACUAUACAGAAAAACUUAGAUCUGUUAGUUUUUUGAAAAAAGGUAUUUUGAAUGGUAUGAAGGCCAAUAAGUUCAUUAUAAAAAAAUACUCGCACGAAGAAAAGGAUUAUUUGUGGUAUAUCAAUAUUGAGAAAGUAAAAUCUGAAAAUUAUCGAGAGUUGAAAACACCGGAAGAAGUUAAACGAAUAGUUGAGGCGAGAAUAAAAGAACGAGAAUAUUUGGAUAUAAAAAAUCCAAGAAAAAUAUCACUAGAAAAUAUCGUUGCACAUGAAAAUGAUAACAAUAAUGAUUAUAAGAGAUAUAAAAUUAAUGACAAUAAGAUUAGCAAGUAUAAUAAGAAGGAUAAGAAUAUAUUUUCAUCGUUAUCAUCGCCAUUAUCAUUUUUCACAAACAAACAAUUUGAAAAUACAAAAUUCUCUCGAGACGAUGAAAAAAGAAAACAAUUAGUAGGAGAUGGUGAUGUAGGAGGGGGAGAAGGAGAAACAUCAAUUAUUGGAUUGGAAGAUGACGAUGAAUUAAUAAUUAAGAAAGGUCUUUUGAGAAGAGGUGGAAAUUUAUAG